AUGCGAAAUGCUUUGAAUGAGGUUGUGGGGUGCUUUCAUUUUGUUGGUGGCAAUGGUGCUGCUUUAGAAGCGGAUCUGCUCGCGUUCAUCAAUAUUGCCAUGGAGUCAACGUUUCGUAUGGGGUGGUCUCGGGUCUGGUUUGAGUCGGACUCUUCUUUUGUGGUGCGUUUGCUUCAUUCUCAUGCUCUCUCGGUGCCUUGGCGUUUUAAAGCCCAUUGGAAGAAGGCUCUUAGUUUGGUUUCAUUGUACACUUGGAGGAUUACCCAUAUUUAUCGCAAGGGAAACAGAGCAGCGGAUUACAUGGCUUCUACGAUCAUGGCUGAAGGAUUUUGGACGCAUGUUAUUGAUGGUCUUCAGCCAUUGGUGGAUGAUGAUAUUUGCAAGAGUUACACGCGGGUUGUGUAG